AUGAAUGAGGUCCUCAUCCCCAUGUGCAUUAUAUGCUUCACUAAAGCUCUUGGCCAUGUGUUUAAAACAUAUUUGAUGGCCAGUUACAACUUUGAGUUCAGCAACUGGCCCGUGGACUUCCGAUGGGAUGAGGCAGGCGGCAAGGAUAGCAGCCCUGGCCACCAGGCUGCGUCCCAGACCACAGCCAGAGAGGGUCUGCUGAAAUCAGCUCCGCACAGAGGGCCUAGGACUACCCAGUGUAACUACCUCCGCAAGAUGAAGCAGUUGCCUGGCCAGCUGGUCUGUUAUAUGGUGGCUCACUCCUUAGGCCGGUGGCUGCUUUACCCAGGCUCCCUGUACCUGAUGCAGAAAGCCCUGCUGCCUUUACUGGUGAAGGGGCAGGCUCGCCUGCUGGAGGAGUUUCACGGGAAGCGGGCCAAGCUGGUGGCUCGCGAUGGGAACGAGAUCGACACCAUGUUUAUGGACAGGAGAAAGAGCUUGGGGAUGGAGGAGGAGCAGCGAGGGAAGCAGCUGGUGAUUUGCUGCGAGGGGAAUGUUGGUUUCUAUGAAGUGGGGUGUCUCUCCACCCCACUGGAGGCUGGCUACUCGGCCCUGGGGUGGAACCACCCUGGCUAUGCUGGGAGCACGGGCCUGCCCUUCCCACAGAAUGACGCCAACGCUGUAGACGUGGUGAUCCAGUAUGCCAUCUGCCGCCUGGGUUUCCAGGUGCAAGACAUCAUCCUCUAUGGCUGGUCCCUGGGGGGCUACACAGCCACCUGGGCUGCCAAGACCUACCCGGAGCUGGGGGCCCUAGUGCUGGAUGCCACCUUUGACGAUCUGCUCCCCCUGGCCCUAAAGGUCAUGCCCAAGAGCUGGAACAAGCUGGUGGUCCAGACGGUGCGACAGCAUUUCAACCUCAAUGUGGCCGAGCAGCUCUGCAGCUACCCAGGGCCAGUGCUGCUGAUCCGGAGGACUGAGGAUGAAGUCACCACCACCCGCAUCAGCGCCACGGACCAGCUCACUGACAUCAGGUCCAACAGAGGCAAUGAGCUGCUCCUGCAGCUGCUGAAGUACCGCUACCCCGAGGUCAUAUCCUGGGAAGGGGAGGCGGCCGUCCGUCACUGGCUGCGAGCCUCCAACCUGAGGCAGGAAGAGGCUGUCUGCAGACGCUUCAAGGUGGAUGAUGACUGGUGUGUCAGCAAGUUGCAAGGCUACAAAUCCCAUCUCGGAGGUGAAGACAGCUUCCCCUGGAGGGUCGGGAAGGAUGUGACCCCCAGGAGAAGGCAGCAGCUGGCCUUGUUUCUGGCCAGGAAGCACAUGAAGAAUGUGGAGGCCACACACUGGUCUCUCUUACUGCCCAAUGAGUUCCAGAUGCCCUGGAAGCUGUAG